ACAGAUGAUGCCGGCGCAGGCGGGUGAGAAGAAAGCGGAGAUCCACGAGGAGGCCCGCAUCUGGGUCACGUCAGAACCGCACACCUCCGUUCCGAUUGGGCUGCUGCAGAUGUCCAUCAAGCUGACGAAUGAACCACCGCAGGGUAUCAAGGCGGGUCUGAUCCGCACCUACUCAUGGAUGUCGCAGGACUACCUCGAGAUGUUUCGCCGGCCAGAGUGGCGCCCGAUGCUGUUUGCGCAGUGCUUUCUGCACUCCGUCGUGGUGGAGCGGCGCAAGUUCGGCCCGAUCGGCUUCAGUGUGCCCUACGAGUUCAACCAGGGCGACUGGACGGCCUCGGUGCAGUUCCUGAUCAACCACAUGACAACCAUUGGCGAGCAGCUGCGCAACCCCGUAAACCGCGACACGGUGUGCUACAUGGUGGCCGACAUCCAGUACGGCGGCCGCAUCACCGACAACAACGACCGCGCCCUCUUCAAGGCCAUCACGGAGUUCCUGUACGACGUGCACAUCACAAACCCCGACAAGUGCAAGGACGGCAAGGACAUGACGGAGUUCUACCCCAACUACGGCAUUCCGCUCUUCGACGACAUCAACAAGCACCGCGAGUUCAUUAGGGAGACGUACCCGGACGUCGACACACCGGAGGCGUUUCAGAUGCACCCCAACCAGGACAUCACCUACCGUACUCGGCAGGCGCAGGAGGUGCUUGCCACCAUCCUCGACGUGCAGCCGCGAGGCGCCUCCACCACCGGCGGCGUGACGCGUGAGGACAAGGUCAUCUCCAUGGCGGAGAGUUACCUUAAGCUGCUCCCGAGCGACUGGACGGUGGACCGCAAGGCUCACAUUGGCGAUCGCCAGCCGCUCUCCAUUUUCGCCGGACAAGAGAUCGACCGCCUAAGCGUCACGAUCCGGACAGUACGCAGGACCUGCCAGGACCUGAAGUUGGCAGUGGCUGGUACCAUCAUCCUCACUCCGGCUCUGCAGGACGCCCUCAACUCCCUGUAUGACGCGCGUGUGCCGGCAGCGUGGGUGGCGGUGGGGUGGCCGUCGCCAAACAUCUCUCUCUGGAUUGCCGAGCUUGUGCGCCGCUACGAGCAACUGCACGUGUGGGCCUGCAACGGCCGCCCGCCGGUGUACUGGCUGCCCGGCUUCUUCAACCCGCAGGGCUUCCUCACGUCGGUACGACAGGAAAUCACGCGUAGCCACGCCAACGAGGCGGUGCCGUGGGCGCUGGACAAGGUUGAAGCCCGCACAGAGGUGCGCAGCUCCGAAUACCGCCCAGGACAGGAAGCGAAGGCGGACGAUCUGCGCACGGAGAAGGGUGAGGUGGUGAUCUAUGGCCUCUACCUUGAGGGUGCCAUGUGGGAUCGCGUGAACAAGCGACUCAAGGAUCCGCUGCCUGGCGACCUCUACCGUGAACUGCCGAUGCUGCUCAUCUCCGCCUACAACAAGGAAGCGCCGCAGCAGGCGCUGGUGCAGGCGGUGAAGCCCGGCGCGGCGAAGAAGACGAAGCAGGAAUACUACCGCUGCCCCGUGUACAAGUACCCGUCGCGCUCCGACAACAACUGGAUAUUUGACGUGCGACUGCCAGUUGCCGAGGAUGACGCGUACUGGCGCAUGCGUGGCGUGGCGCUGCUCGGCACCACCGACUGA